AUGGUCAACGUCGUGCAGACCGUCCUCCUGGUGGGGAUAUUUCUCGCCGCUACUGGAACCCUUGGAGUUGCCAUCGCCAUUCUGGUGAACGUCCUCAAUAAUAAUAAUAAUAAUCCAAAACCAUCGCCACCAGGACCCUCGCCAAAUGUGGUGCUCAAUGUUCCCCAACCUCCCGAGAUCAGUAGCUCCGAUGACAGGUUCGCGCAGUUCCAACAGGUCGCACAGCUCUUCCAUAGCAUGGUCAACACCUCGGUGGAUCCUUGCGAUGACUUCUACGCGUACACGUGCGGUAAUUUCAAUGGCGAUAUGAGUUUUGAUGUUUCCGACAACUCAAACAUUGCCGACAUGGUCGAUCAACUAUUGAAUGACAAAUACAUUGCAUCAGCGCCGCUUCCCGUUCAACAAACGCGCUGGUACUUUGACAAAUGCAUCGAGGCGCGUUCGAAUUGGAAUAAGCUUGUCGCCGACGGCUCGUUCGUCAUGAACAAGAUCAACGCGCUGAGCGCCGGCGAGCCGGGCUUCGAAUCGCGAACCGCCGUCCCAUUUCCGAUGCUCAACCAGACCGCCAAUGUCGACGCAUUCCCCGAUGGCUUCGGUUUGCCGUAUCUCGUCGGAACGCUUGCCGGCGAGGAGGGAAUCUACACAUUCGUCAGCCCUUACGUCGAUACGAAUUGGAAGGAUCCGGCGGGACCUGACGGAUACGCAUAUUUCAUCGAUCAGCCGACGACAUUCCUACCGAACACGUAUUAUUUGAAGUCUUGGGAUUCGUCGAAGGUCGCACUCACCACAUCGAUUCUCAGCACGAUGAACAUUCUCGCCCAGACGCAAGGAAUCACUCUAAAUCAGACGCUUCUAAAGAUGGAUGUUGAUGACAUUGUACAAUUGGACUAUUUGCUGGCCACUGUCUUCAGCACUGAUGACACGACCCGACGUCAAUAUGAGAGAAGCUACAACCCGAACACCAUCGGGCAGCUUCAGCAAAAUUUCGACAAGACGAUUUUCAAUUGGCACAUGUUCAUACCAUUGGCGACCGGAAAGUCUGAUGAAGCUCUUGCUCGAGUUCUCAACGAUCCUAACUACAACUACUUCAUCGUAAUGGAGCCGGUGAAGCUCAAACUCCUUUUGGACAAUAUGAAUCCGUCGAACAAGUUGGGCAUCACUCCGCGAGCUGUCGUCAACUAUCUAUUCUAUCGGCUCGUUGAUGCCUACAGCGACUUCCUUCCGAAUCCCGAUCAGGAUGACGUCAUUCGUCCGAUCACCGUUUUGAGCAAAGGCCAUCGCGGAAAGCCGAAGCACAUCGUGCCCGACGAGCGACGCUUCUCGCGGCGGCAAGUCGACGACGUCAGCAUUGCGCAAUACGAGUGCGCCGCCGAGACAAUCAGUCAGAUGCAGUAUGCGAACGCGCGCGUGUUCGUCGACAACAUCUAUCCGACGCCGGAGAGCCGCGCGGCCGUUCGGGACCAUGUCGCUCGAAUUGCGAGCAGCAUUGUUGUUGGAUUCCGAUCGAUGAUCGAUCAAUUGGAUUGGAUGACGGCUUCAACCAAAUCCGGCGCGUAUAACAAGAUCGAUAAUCUGGUGAAGAACAUUGCCUAUCCAGAAUGGAUCACUGACGACAUCGCGCUUAGCAAAUACCAUGCGACCAUGAACUUCACAAAGAACACUGAUUAUCUCUCAAUGCUAACCAACACCAACGAUUUCAAUUUGUAUUCGCAAUGGAUUCAGCUGGUCCAGGACGCCGCCGAUCGUACGGGAUUCAACGGACCGCCGGGUGUGACGAACGCUUGGUAUCAGCCGGAGGUCAACUCGAUCACAUUCCCCGCCGGCAUUUUGAAGCAGCCUUUCUAUGACUUCAAAUGGCCGGCCGCUGUGAACUUCGGAGCGAUGGGCGUCAUCGCCGGCCACGAGUUGACGCACGGAUUCGACGACGAAGGCGUCCAAUGGGAUGGCACUGGUAUAUUGAGCGGAUGGAUGGACGAUCAAUCGAAGGCCGAUUUCGUCAAAAUGGCGCAAUGCGUUGUCGAUGAGUACAGCGGAUUUUGUCCGCUCAACAAGACCGCCUAUGGAAAAGCUGCGUGCGUCGAUGGCGCCCAAACGCAAGGCGAGAACAUCGCCGACAACGGCGGCAUCCAUUCGGCGUUCCGCGCCUACAAGAACUACGUCGAUUUGUACGGCGCCGAUCCGGUGCUGCCCGACGACAAAUUCCAAUAUUUCACCGCCGAUCAGUUGUUCUUUUUGAGUUUCGCGCAAGUGUGGUGCCAACUUCCGCCGUCGGACGCGCGAAUGCUCCGCCAAUUGCUCGUCGAUGUGCACUCGCCAUCGGUCUAUCGUGUGUGGGGAACAAUUCAGAAUUUUCCGGCGUUCAAAAACGCGUUCAAUUGUCCGGUGUCGAAAUACGCGCCCGAGAAGCACUGCAACGUUUGGGUGUCGGACACGAAGCCGACGUACGGCCUUCCGUUGACGAAGACCGACUUGAACAUCGUUCCGGAAGCGCCGAUCACCGCCCGAGACAUUCCAAAGUUUAACGCCUACCAGAGUGCCGUCGACUAUUAUUCGAAAUCGGUGAAUCUCGCCGUCGAUCCAUGCGACGACUUCUACGCGUACGCGUGCGGCAGCUUCAAUCAGCCGGUGUCGUUCAGUACGGCGCGCGCCAGAAAUUUGGUGUACAUGGCGCAACAGCUACGCGAUCCCAACUAUCAAGCGGUCAUCAAAAACAGCACGGCACUCACCAAAGAGAAGCGGCUUUUCGACGAAUGCGUCAAAGCGACUCAAUCGCAGGACACCGAAAAUCAGAUAUUGAUCAACAAGAAUUAUACCGGCAAGAAAAUGGAGACGCUGAAGGGAUACUUGAAGCAGGAUUUUACGCUGUUGACCGGUGGAAUCGCCGAUCGUCCGAACCGCCAACAAUUGGCCGAUGCGCUCGGGCAUUUAUCGUUCGUUGAAGCCGUCGACACUUAUGUUUCGCCGUUGGUCGACACCUAUUGGGUGGAAAAUUCGAGAGGAUACGAGAUGUUCCUCGAUCAGAACUCGGGAUAUCUAGCCAAAACCUACUAUCAGCCGAAAGCUUGGGCUAUCGAGCGCCCGAAAUAUUUGAGCUCGACAUUAGCAGUGUUGAAGAGAUAUGCUCACGAGCAGGGCGUUGAACUACCCGAUGACACUGAGAAGAGAUUGGGCGAUGUGUUGGACUUUGAGCAAAUGAUUGCGAUCAAUUACAGCACUGACGACGACAAGCGGCGGCAAUUCAAACGCUCGUGGAAUUUGAAAAAUGUGUCGGACCUGAACAAUCUUUAUCCAUUCAUCGACUGGCCGACCUACCUUCAACACGUGCCGGAAACCGCGCGCGCCCUCGUGACCAACGGCAAUUAUCAAAUAUCGGUGAUGGAGAAUGAGAUGCUGCGAAAAUUCUCGACGGCCUAUUCGACGCUGGACGCCGACAAACUCGUCAAUCUGCUCUACAUUCGCCUUUUGCUCGCCAACACGCAAUUCAUUCCGUCGUAUGCGACGGCGUUCGCCGGAAUGCCCGACGAGUCGGUGACGCUCGGUUUGUCGCGGCGUCGCCGCCGCCUCGUCAACGCCUUCAAAUUUCCGCCGAGUGUCGGCGACAACGUCGAUAAUGGUCCGAGUUGCGCCGGCGUCGCCAAUGAGUUGAUGCAGUUUUCGAACGGACGAGUAUUCGUCGACUACAUGUAUCCAACGGAAGCUGACGUGCAGAAUAUUCGAAACUCUGCUGGUGGAAUUAUUAACAAUAUUGUCUCGUCGUUUCAAGGAAUGAUUGAGCAAUUGGAUUGGAUGGACGCCGAUACGAAGAAAAAGGCGCUUGCCAAAACUGAUACACUUCAAAAGAAUAUCGCAUUCCCGGAUUGGAUUAAAAAUGACACGGCUCUUGAUGCAUAUUAUGGUCCGCUUGAUAUUAGCGACACUGAUAAUUAUUAUGAUAUUUAUGAUAAGCUUAUCAAGUUCAAUAUUUAUUUGCAAUACAACCAACUCACGUUUGCCUCGACGGAUCGAUCGGACUUCCUCGGCCAGCCGGGAACCGUCAACGCGUGGUAUCAGCCGGAAUUGAACUCGAUCACGUUCCCGGCGGGCAUCUUGGUGCCGCCCUACUUCCAUCCGCAAUGGCCGCCAAGCAUCAACUAUGGUGGAAUGGGUCUUGUCGCCGGUCACGAGUUGACGCACGGAUUCGAUGAUCAAGGCGUUCAAUGGGAUGGCGUUGGCAAUUUGAACGAGUGGAUGUCGCCGGACUCGAAGAAUGGCUUCUUGAAUAUGACAUCGUGUGUCGUUGAUGAAUACAACCACUUCUGCCCGUUGGAUUCUGCCAAAUAUUCACCAAACUGUGUGAAAGGAUCGCAAACGCAAGGCGAAAACAUUGCCGAUAAUGGAGGCAUCCACGCCGCUUAUCGAGGCUAUCGUACGCAUCAAUCGUUGGACGGACCCGAUGCGCGUCUUCCCGAUCGCCUCUUCGGCCAAUUCACGCACGAUCAGUUGUUCUUUUUGAAUUUCGCGCAAGUCUGGUGCGAGAUUCGCCGAAGCGACGACGAUCUCUACAAGCAAAUCAUGGUCGAUCCGCAUUCGCCGUCGAUGUAUCGAGUGUUCGGAACGAUUCAGAAUUUCCCGGCAUUCCAAACCGCGUUCAAUUGUCCGACUGGCUCGAAAAGCGCGCCGGCGGACCACUGUCGCGUCUGGGUCCCAUCGCGUUAUCAAUAA